AUGAUACAGCUCUUAGAAUCUUUGCAGAAGGAUGUCCACAGCUUUAUACAUCAGAAACCCAUCAUAAAGGAUGGGCCCGAUGUACAGUUAUUAAAGGAUUCCUUACACAGUAAAGAACUGGAACUGGAUAGACUCUCUAGCAAUCAAGAAAAACUUCAAGAGAAGGUUCGCUUUCAGAGUGCAAAUCUGGAACGUCUACAGCAAGCAGAGCUUCACCACCAGCAGACAAUAGAGUCUCUCUCAAGGGAUCUGAAGGAGGCACAGAGCACACUCAGAGAAAAGGAUGAGAGAAUUCAUGAAGUAACACUCAAGACAGCCAGUCAGAAUGAUGAUUCCUCAAGGAUACGUCAGGAGAACUUCCGCCUUAGCUCAGAGAAUGGCAAGCUCUCAGCACUGUUACAAGCAGAGCAACACCAGAGGCAAUGGUAUGAAGGUGAGCUGCAUGGCCUGAAGGAAGCUAAGGAUAUUUCUGAGGCCAGAGUUCAAGAGUUGAUCCAACUCUUACAAAUGCCACGACAGCAACCUCCCAUGCUCCGCACUCCUCCGACAGGCAGAGACAAUGAUGAUGACAGUCUUGCAGAUAAAAAGAAAGAGAUCAGGAAACUGGAAGAGGAAAAGUUGGAAGCAGAAAACCAAUAUAAGGAAGAGUGCAGUAGAGCUCAGCGUUUGGAACUGCGAAAUUCCAAAGGUGAACUUGAGAAGCAGCUCAGGAAGACCAAGGACAGUCUUGCACAGCUCCAGCAAGGUAUUCAGGAAGCUACACAACAUCAAGAAUCUCUACAGGAUCUGACUGCUCAAAAGAAAGAGCUAGAGGCUGAAAUCAGAAAUAGUAAUGACACCAUAGAAACUCUCAGGAAGAAAAUAGAGAGUAUAAACCAAGAGAAGCUGCAGCUGAAACAGGAAGUCAUGAUGCUGAAAGGAGAGAAGCUAUCCUUUGAACUGAUCAGGCAGGAGAAGGAGCUUGCUGAGCAGAUGCAAAAGAGAGCAGAAGAGCAGUUGAUGGAGUUGCAGAGGAAGAUUCCCAGAGAAUAUGUGCCAAAAGCAACACUCCUUCACCUUCAGGCUGAGAUUGAGAGCAAAUGUCAGCUUGAGUUGAGCAACAAACUUGCUGAACUAAACCAGCUCAUUGAUCAACAGAGUCAACAACAGCAGUCCCAAGCCAAAGUCAAAGAAUCUCAAGAGCAGGGACUAAGGAACGAAAUCUCGAGGUUAUCCGAGGAAAUAAUACGCCUCCGUGCAAAACUGAGUGUGUAUAGUGAGGAGGAAGACACAUGGAAAACACGGCACAACAGACUUAUGGAUCUCUACCAACAUGAAGUGCAGACUAAACAUAACCACAUCCACAAAAACACACAGUUAAAUAAACCCAAAGAAGAAUCCGUAUCCAUCAACCUCCGUGAGAUUAAUGCUCACUUGCAGACACCCUUUGCCUCCUCAACUUUUUUGGGGCAGCUAACACCACCCUCGUCACUGCACCUUCCAAAGGCUCCUAGCAAUAUUGACAGUUACCAUUAUACCCACUCAGACACACUGGAUCGAACCCUCAACAAGUACCUGAGUUCGGUAGAUGAAAGGCCAAGGUCCGUGAGAAUUGACGACAAACCCCAAACCAGAACAUCGCAUGUCCAGCCUCCUCCCACACUUUGGCGGAAGGAGCAGGUGCCGACCCUUGACCAAUCCUGUGAAGAUUACGUUGACCUUCUAAGGAAGAAGUAUGGUCUUUGAUGGAAAGUGUGCUUUUGUACUCCAUGUAAUUGAUAUUGAAAUGGGUUAGAUUGUAAGGAUGGUUUGUAUUGCAGCAAUUACUGUGGUUUUACAAGUCAUCUGAAUGCAUUUUUUAGUGCAUCCUAUCAUGCAUUUGUUUAAUGGGUGAUUGCAUAUGUUUUAUUUUUUAAUAUUUGUAUUUUUUAUUAACUGUGCUAUGAAUAGUCCUCUACCUCUUGGUGUAAUUAGAAGCCGUCCAUAUAAAUGAUUAAUUAAUGAUGCUGUCCUUAAUGUGUCUGAAUUAAUAUUUUUUGUUAGAAAUUUUUAAUAGAUGAAGUUAAUGUUAUGAAAUGUGUAUUCCUCUAUAAUCAGAGAAGAAUAAAUGAUUCCCUUUUUUUCUAAUUAACUACACUACUUUUUUAAUGACACAAAAUUAGUCUGUAUUAUCAACAGUAUGUAUUAACCCCUCUUGAAUAGGCUUAAGGUGAGUGUAACGGCCACAAUGAAGCACAUUUUUGACCCAUCUGGGUUUCAAAAAAUGUCACCAUUAUAAAGAUAAUUGGUAAUGAUUAAGAAAGACUGGAAAUUUAUGCAUUUAAUCAUUGACUUUGAGGGGUUACAUACAAUCCAUAUAAAUUAAGAUCUUUCUCAUCCACUGCCCUUGUCACGGGAAUCUCAAAAUGUGAAAAUUAUAAAAUUUUCAAAUAUUCAAUGCUGUGUUGAAGAGUGCCAUAAAAUGUUAAUAGAGGACAAAACUUUCCUUUAUUAAAAUUGCCUUUUGAAAGAUCCAGACUUUAUAUUUAUAUAUAUUUUUUUCUUCAUAAAGAGCAGCUUUCAAAGGUUACCAAAUUGUAAGAUAUACUUUUUUCUCUCUCUUAAUUAAAUCAAUUUUGAAUCCAAUUUUGAUAGAUCUGAUGUACCUUGCAUAUCUAAGUACAUGUCUUGUUUUAAUUUUAUAGUGAAGUUGUAAUUCAUGUGAUGACAAUAUAAGUUUUAUAUAUAUAAUGUUAUGUAAAUAAUAUUUGCUUUCAAUUUUGUUCUCUUAUAAAAUAAUGUAAAUUACUUCAAUUAUAUAAAAAAUUAGUGAAAAUGAUAAAGGUCAUAAUAUCCUUAAGAAUGGUAAAUACAUUUGAACUUUCAUUUCUGGACAUUAUAUAAGAAUGUUGCAUUGCUUGUAUAUUCUACGUAUGUAACCUCACUAUAUGUAUUCAGUAAUACUACAACCUUAUUUUAUGUAUUCACCUAUAGUACUUUAACCUUAUUCUACUGUAAAACUGUAACCUUAUUGUAUUUAUUG